ACUAUAAAAGACGCGUAACCAGUGCGUUCUUCUCUCUGACCAGUGAGUGAGUCAGCCACCGAGUUCUCCGAUUCCGAUUCCGAUUCCGAUUCCGAUUCAACUCAGAUUCUCGAACCAGAUCCACCAUAGCAACAAUGCUUCUUCAAAUCUCUUCAACUCCGAUCAUGAACUCGUUCCUUCCUCACUCGAAGGAUCCAUCUACCGAACCCGAACACCUUCAUCGGAUCCCGAGAACCCGAUCCGUCACGCUUUCGGGUUCCUGGUCGCCGAUCGAAGGUCGCCGGAGCAGAAUGACAAGAGCGCUAUCGGAAACCGAUCUCACCGCCGCACCGAAGCGGAAGCCUCCCAGCCACGGCCUCUUCGAUGAGGACGAGGGUAAAGCGAGCACCCUCGCUGCCCGUUCGAGAACGACGUCGUUGGGUCCUGCGUUGUUUUCUUUCUCCGAGCUGGAGGAAGGUGUGAGCGGGAUUGGUGUAAGGGAUGAAGGUCUGCUGGCGUCGCGUGUGUUGGUUGAGGGUGGAGGCGGAGGCGGAGGAGGCCGCGGCGGUGGAUGGGACCGGAGCGACGGUGGAGGUUCUGGGUUUUGGGAUAAGAAUCAUGGGAGUGAUAGUACGGACUUGUAUUACCGGACGAUGAUCGAAGCCAAUCCAGGGAACCCGCUUUUUCUUAGCAACUACGCAAGGUACUUGAAAGAGGUUCGUUUGGACUAUGUGAAAGCAGAAGAGUAUUGUGGGAAGGCAAUUUUGGCGAAUCCAAAUGAUGGGGAAGUUAUGUCCAUGUAUGCAGAUUUGAUAUGGGAGAGCUAUAAGGAUGCUACUCGAGCUGAGACAUACUAUGAUCAAGCAGUGAAAGCUUCCCCUGAUGAUUGUUAUGUUCUAGCAUCAUAUGCACAUUUUCUUUGGGAUGCUGAGGAAGACGAUGAUGUAGAGCAAGAAAAUUCCUCUGAAAAGUCUCUCAGUUUCUUCCAUGGAGCUGCUGCUCCGCCGCCUCCUCCCCCUUUAGCCGCUGCUUCUUAAGUUACGUGCUGCCUUUGGUGUCUAGCUUUCAUAUGACUAUCUAACCUUUGUUUAUACUACUUUGACCUUGUAGUAUUUUUGGCCGACGAAUAUAGUUGUAAUGUUCUGUGUUCACCUUGUUGUCAAUGUAGAUUCUGGUAGGAAUACAGGAGAAUAAAAGAUGCAUUCCUAUGCCUUUUGCUUGAAUUGUCAAGUCUCUAUCUUCUGGCAUGCUUGUAUAGCUGUAUUAUGUCAAGAAUAAGGAUACUUGCACAUUUUUUUGGGUUA